UGGAAGGCUCCCCUUCUCCUCCAUCUCCCUCUCUUUCUUCUAUAUAUACCCACCUCCUCCUUCACUUCUAUCCUCACCACCUACUUGUUACUAUUAUUCCUCCCUCACUCACAUCAAAAUUAAAGACAUGGAAUUCUCCUCCCUCUUCACCUUUUGUCUUUUACCUUCCAUUUUCUUCAUCUUUCUCUUCCAUUCCCUUGUCAAGUUCUUCAAUUCCAGUCCCCGGAAACUGCCCCUCCCGCCGGGCUCCUUGGGUUGGCCUUACAUCGGCGAGACCUUUCAACUCUACUCUCAAGACCCAAAUGUCUUCUUUUCUGAAAAACAAAAUAGGUAUGGGUCUAUCUUCAAAACCCACAUACUGGGGUGUCCCUGCGUGAUGAUUUCGAGCCCGGAAGCCGCGAAAUUCGUGCUGGUGACGAGAGCUCAUCUCUUCAAGCCUACAUUUCCUGCAAGCAAAGAGAGAAUGUUGGGCAAACAAGCCAUCUUCUUUCACCAAGGAGAUUACCAUGUCAAACUCAGGAAGCUUGUUCUCCGAGCCUUCCUGCCCGAAGCAAUCAAAAACAUCGUCCCCAGCAUCGAAUCCAUUGCCAAAGAUUCUAUCCAAUCAUGGGAAGGCCGGUUAAUCAACACCUUCCAAGAAAUGAAGAUCUUCACGUUCAAUGUUGCCCUGCUUUCUAUAUUUGGAAAGGAUGAAGUUCUGUACAGAGAGGAUCUGAAGCGGUGCUACUUCAUUCUUGAGAAGGGGUACAAUUCAAUGCCCAUUAAUCUUCCAGGGACACUCUUCAACAAAUCCAUGAAAGCAAGGAAGGAGCUUGCUCAGAUCUUGGCAAAAAUCCUCUCGGCCAGGAGGGAGAUGAAACAAGAUCACAACGACUUGCUGGGAUCUUUCAUGGGUGACAAAGAAGGCCUCACUGACGAGCAGAUUGCCGACAACAUCAUCGGAGUCAUAUUCGCUGCUCGUGAUACCACCGCCAGCGUGCUCACGUGGAUCCUCAAGUACCUUGGCGAGAACCCCACUGUUCUUCAGGCAGUCACGGAAGAGCAAGAGAACAUUAUGAGGAGGAAAGAAGAGAAUGGUGAUGAGGAGAAAGUUCUAACUUGGGCAGACACCAGAACGAUGACAAUCACUUCAAGGGUGAUUCAAGAGACACUUAGAGUUGCUUCAAUUUUAUCUUUCACUUUCAGAGAGGCAGUAGAAGAUGUUGAAUAUGAAGGGCAUCUUAUACCCAAAGGGUGGAAAGUUUUGCCACUUUUCAGAAACAUUCACCACAGCCCAGACAUCUUCCCAGAGCCUGAGAAGUUUGAUCCCUCAAGAUUUGAGGUUACUCCAAAACCCAACACCUUUUUGCCAUUUGGCAACGGGAUCCACUCCUGUCCUGGGAAUGAGUUGGCCAAACUGGAAAUUUUAGUCCUUCUCCAUCAUCUGACCACAAAGUACAGGUGGUCUGUGGAGGGUUCACAGACUGGGAUUCAGUAUGGCCCCUUUGCUCUUCCCCAGAAUGGUUUGCCCAUUAGAUUAUCUCUGAGGAAAGAAACUGCUCCUAAAAGCUACUCCCAUGCAUCCCAAUUACAGUAGAGACUUUCUAUAAAUAGAAAGAAUUGCUUCCUAUUUCUUGAUCGAGAUAACGAUGAAGAACGUACAAGACAAUAAAAGAAGCAAAUGAAGAGAGAGAAACUCAUCCACCCCUCACUUUUGGGCCAAGACACACCCAAACGAGGAAAUUUUAAGAUUAGCAUACGAAAAGGGCCGGAAGACAAGUGUACAGAAGAGUCUUCGUACCAAAAAAGAAAAGAAAUAAAAGAAAUAAUAAAUAAAUUAUGUGCAAGCUAGCAAGCAAGUUAUGUUCAUUUUUUUCUAAGAGAUAUAUGAGGAGAUCGAAAAAGUUCUUCACCAUGAGCGUGGGAUUAAUCAAUCGAUCAAUCUAUUUAAGUAGCUAGGUUAAAUAUUUAUAUAGUUUUAGGAGUACUGUACGUUCUUGUUAUUUCUAACAAAUAUAUAUAUAUAGAUUAUAUUGUGCCGCAAGGCAAAAAUGAAAAUUCAAUUAUCAA